UUUUGAACAGUCGCUGCGAGCGCAUAGAACGAACAGCAGCAGCAGCAGCAGCAGCACGCGUCGAGGCAGCGGACAAUAAAUAUAAAUAAAUUUAACUAAAUCAAAAAUAUAAAAAGAAAUUAAACAAAUAAUACAUAUAAAUUAAAUUCAAAUAUUUUUUUUUUCUGGCUCUGCUGCAUUUGCCUAACGAAUUAUUAGUGUUGUAAAACAAGCAAAAAAAAAAAGAGAGUUAAAGUAAACAAAUUUUUAAAAAAUAUUUAAAAAAUUAACAAAAGCGUACAAAAUAUAUGUAAAAGUGUUUUGAUAUUUUACAGUUUUUUUGUUGAGUGUUUUUUUUUUUGAAAUUUUUUUGCUGUGGCAUUUGUUAUUAUUUUUGUGUUGCGAACGAACAUCGAAGCGUUAUAAAAACAAAAACUGCUCGCUGGAAGAUGGGCAACGCCGGCUACACAUGCAUCCGUCGCACCUUUUGCUGGCUCAACAUCAUUUUGUGGCUCUGCAGUUGCGCCUUUCUCGGCGCUGGACUGUGGCUGCGCCUCAGCUACGAGGGCUACGCAACGCUGCUGCCGCAGCAUGCGGGCCUCAGUGCGGACACGAUCUUCAUGUGCAUCGGUGGCAUCGGCUUUGUGGUCAGCUUCUUCGGCUGCUGCGGCGCCUGGGUGCAGUCGCGCUGCCUGCUCGUGCUGUACUUCAUGCUGAUUGUGAUGCUGUUCAUGAGCGAGUUCCUCGUCGGCUCCAUUGCGUUCCUCUUCCGCGGCGGCCUCGGACGCACCCUGGCCAACGAGCUGCGCUUCGGCAUCGAGCGUCACUAUAAUGCCAGCGAUCGGGGCUCCCUGGUGGCGCCAUCUGUGGCCGCCAUUUGGGACAGCGUCCAACAGUCGUUUGAAUGCUGCGGCGUCUCGUCAUUUGAGGAUUGGUACGACAUUCAGUCAUGGAGCGGCAAGCGCUGGGUGCCCGACUCCUGCUGCCGGCAGCUGUACGAUCAGCGCCAACUGCUGACGGAGGGCUCCGGCGACGGGCUGGGCGCGAUGCGUGUGGACUGCGGACGGUCGGAGAAUCCGUCGCUGUGGUGGGACAAGGGCUGCGCCCACUCGCUGCAGAACUGGUUCAACGGCCAGCUGAACGUGGUGGGCGCCAUCGGGCUGGGCAUCGCCUUCGUGCAGCUGUUCGGGCUGAUCACCUCGAUGCUGCUGUUCUGCACCGUGAAGCACAAGCGGGCAUCGGACACCUACAAGUCGUACUCCCCCUCAAUCGAUCCGCAGACGCGCACCAGCAGCUGGGAGGAUUGAACUCGAUUGUAGCUAGCGGCGAGAAUUUCUAAAGCGGCGCCUCGAUCAAGGCUAUAUAAUGCAUAAUGAUUAUUUCUAUAUAGAUGCAUAUAGAUAUCAACUUCUUUUUCUUCUUCGUCUUCUUCAAGUUCUUUUGCGAAAUGUGCCAAAAAUUAAUUUAAAUAUUAGUUUCCGUAUGCCUUAUUAUAAUAAUUAUUAGUGAUGCAUCAUCCAAAAGCCCAGCUGAGCUCGCCGUUCGUCUAAUUAGUAUUUCUCUCUUAUUCAGUAUUCACUGUAAGCGACGGUGCGUGCUUCAGCUCUAUUCACUGUAUCCAACUAGCUUUCUGGUAUAUCCAUAUUGUGAUGUGCUCAUCUAGUUUAUAUAGCUCUCCCUAUAUAUAGAUCUAUUGGAACGACAACUGCCCGAAGGUUUAUAUAUGGAAUAUAGAUACAAUAUACAGAUAUAUAUCGAUAUAUAUAUAUAUUACCGUAUGCGUAUAUAUGUCAAGCACAUUCCUAAACAGAAUCAAUAACAAAAGUUCUAUUU